UUGCGGAGGGAACGAGCGUGGACGAGCGGUUAUUUCAAGCGACGGCUCUUCUGGCACUUCGCCCCGAGCUUUCCUCGUGCACAUCCUCCUCUCGGAGAAGUAGUGCUCUGCCACGAGUAGUAGCGCGUAUCGUCAGUGUCGCGACGUCGCAGUCUCGAGUAGUCUUGAGACUGAGAGAGAGAGAGAGAGAGAGAGAAACAGGGAACCGUCAGUCAAGACAGCAAGGAUCACAAACUCGAAAAGCCGCCGAUCGAUCGGCCAGUACUCUCGAGAUCAACCGCGAAAAUUCGCGAAAGCGAGUGUCCGGUGACACUCGCAGUGGCAAAAGACCAAAGAGUCUUUCGAGGGUGACAGUCACGGUGUCAGUGAAUGGAUGAACUCUUUUGUGUUAUAUGGUGACGGGAUUGAGAGAAUCGCGGAACGGUAGGACAGUCGGAUAAGAGGAGAAUCGAAGAAUGGAACGCGCGUGGAAAAGAAUAGCGAACGAGGAUCUAUAACGACGACGCGCCCGCCGUCGGAUGCGUGAGAUGCGUCGGCCUGAAAUAACAGCGGGAAUGCGUGCAUAGUGUGAAUCAGCUCUCGUUCGUUCCGCAGCGGACACGCGAAUCUCCUCUCGGUAGUGACUCCACGCACGCACUUCCUCGCCAUCCCUCCGCCCUGUCUUGUCUCGUCUUCAACCCUUCCUCAGUCGACAUCAUCGGUGCAUCGUUGCUCGCGACUCGCGAUCAACGCCGAUGCUCGACAGGGUGAGAAAGAGAGAACCAGGGUUCCUGAGAGCGGAUUGAGAAAAGCCAGAAGCGCCAGAAGCUACGCCGAGAUCAGAAGCUGGGAGCGUGAAGAGGCCGAGGGGAGUUUUCGAGACGCUGUCGAAGGAGUUUUCUCCGAAAGGAGAUCACGAGCUCCGCAAGUAGAAGUCACCCAUGCCACGAUUACACUAACUGCGUAUGUCCGGUGUCGAGCGAGUCGAAAUGGCGAGGAUCUGCAUACUCUUUGGAAUCCUCACUAUCCUGUCCGUCGGAUUUACACAAAGAAGAAAGCCUUACAUUCGACUAGAUGCAAUUAAUUCUGACGUUGUGGUAUCCGUGGGCGAGAAGCUCAAUCUGCGUUGCCAGCAAAACUUUAACUCCAAGACGACGUGGUAUAAGGACGAUGAAGCCUUGCAUAAAUCGACGAGCAGAAUCCGUAUAAACAAGCAAUUUUUGAAGUUCAAAUCCGUUGAGAUGGAGGACACUGGCAUCUACAGCUGUAAAUUGGAGUCGAACGAGACCAUCUAUUGGAGAAACGUAACAAUACGCGUCGAGAACCUGCAGAACGACGGCUUCCAGAACGAAGGCGAAGAUAAGGGCGCGAUGAACAUUCUCAGAUCGGUAGACGGAGAUAAUGAUCUCGAGAUGGAAACCAGAAACUUGCCCGAGACACGAUCGUUGCACUUGGACAGCGAAAAGUUGGACGCGGACCUGGACGAGAAGAGCGAGAGCUACGCGGAGGACGAUCACAACCAGAAGGUUCCGGAGAGUCCGCCUUCCUUUAAUAAGACCGACGAGAUGCACACAUUGGUAGUGAAGCCCGCCGGAAGCAUGAUGCGAUUAAAAUGCCCGAGCGUGGGCAAUCCUAGGCCAAACAUCACGUGGUUGAAGAACAACGAGGAACCAAAGCGGGAUAUUGGUUCCGUGAGCAAAACCAAGUGGACCCUGAGAUUGGAGGAUCUCGUUACCAAGGAUAGCGGCAAUUACACGUGCAUCGUGUGCAAUUAUCUGGGAUGUAUCAACUAUACCUUCAAGGUCGACAUUAUCGAGACUGUACCGCAUCGACCGAUCCUGACGAUCGCACCACGAAAUACCACGGUGCUUAUAGGAAGCAACACUAGUAUGAUCUGCCGGGUUUUAUCCGAUGCACAUCGUCAUCUCGAAUGGUAUCACGGUUACCAUACUUCUCUCGACACCGUCAACAUGACCAAUCAAAGCUUACGGGUGGAGGUCAAGGCAGGAACGAAUGCAGAAGACCCGGAAGAGCUAAAGUUAUAUAAUGUUACUGAAAAGGAUGAGGGAUGGUACACAUGUAUUGCCCAGAACACUUUAGGAGAAACAUUUAGCAGCGCUUAUCUACGUGUAGUAGAAACGCUGGACGAACAGAAAGUACCGUUAGCUGCGAAGCCACAUAUCUUGAUAAACAUUCUGGCGGCAAUUCUGUGCGUAUUCUUCGCCGUGGGUGUCGUCGUUGUGAUAUACAUUUUCCAUCGAUUGAAACGCGAGAAGAUGAAGAAGCUGCUUGCGAUAGAAACAGCGCGUGCGGCGGUCGUGACGCAAUGGACCAAGAAGGUAAUCGUAGAGAAACAGAAAUUGGUGAACGCGCAGAACGAGGAGGAACUGUUGAUGCCGGUAGUAAAGAUCGAGAAACAAAAGUCCACCGUUGUCACCGAUGACAGUACUAACGACAACGUAUUCGAGUACGAAAUACCGCUGGACAACAGUUGGGAAGUACCAAGGGAAUAUCUCACGCUUGGCAAUACGCUGGGUGAAGGAGCCUUCGGCAAGGUUGUCAGGGCUGAGAUAAACAUCGGUAAACCCGGAAUACCCAACGUCAUAGCGGUAAAAAUGUUGAAAGAGGGCCACACAGAUACCGACAUGGUGGAUUUAGUUUCGGAGAUGGAAGUGAUGAAGAUAAUUGGCAAGCACGUGAACAUCAUCAAUCUACUGGGUGUUUGUUCUCAGAACGGUCCUCUAUACGUCAUAGUGGAGUUCGCUCCUCACGGCAAUCUACGAGACUUCCUCCGAGAGCACAGGCCCUCUUUGGGAUACGAACCGGCUAUCGGACAGGAGUUGAAAGAGCGGAAGACCCUUACGCAAAAAGAUCUGGUCUCGUUUGCGUACCAAGUGGCGCGUGGGAUGGAGUACCUGUCUAGUAAGAGAUGUAUACACAGGGAUUUGGCAGCUAGGAACGUCCUCGUCAGCGAUGAAUAUGUGUUGAAAAUCGGUGACUUUGGUCUCGCCAGAGACCUUCAUUCCAACGACUACUAUAGGAAGAAAACGGAUGGACGGUUGCCGGUGAAGUGGAUGGCUCCAGAGGCUCUCUUUCAUCGUGUUUACACCACUCAAUCCGACGUAUGGUCGUACGGGAUCCUGUUGUGGGAAAUCAUGACCCUGGGCGGCACGCCUUACCCGUCCGUUCCAUCGGUGGAGAAAUUAUUCCAGCUGCUUAGAACGGGUCAUCGAAUGGAAAAACCGCCCUGCUGCUCGAUCGAAAUAUACAUGCUCAUGAGAGACUGUUGGAGUUAUCAGCCUAGUGAACGACCGACAUUUGUCGAACUGGUCGAGGAUCUCGACAGAAUAUUAACGAUAACAGCGAACGAGGAAUAUCUGGAUCUCGGCCUGCCCCAGUUGGAUACGCCUCCGUCCAGCCAAGAAUCCAGCGAGACAGAAGAGGAAGGCGAAGACAAAUUUCCUUAUCUACUAUGAGUCGUAUAUAUACUCGCGAAGAAUGUCACUUAAAUCUUAUAAACGAGAUACUUGAGAUAACUCAGACUCGUCAACUCGCAAACAUAAUAAUAAACUCAGCGAAAGCGAACGAAGUGGACACGAUAGGAAAUAAAGAGAAUAGGAGUCUUAGCGUGAGAGAUCACAAGGAUAAUAGACUGAAACAAGCGAACACGCCAAAUAAAAUAAAUCAGUAUUGAACUGUGUAGAAUUAAGGAGAAUGAGUUAAUCGUAAAAAGAAAUAGUGUGUAUGUCAUACAUCAAGUAAUCGCGCAUCGACAAAACAUUCUAUGAUUGUUGCUACUGUUUCUCACAAAUUGACAUACACUAGGUUUAGAAAACUUCGAUUAAGACAAAAGAAGAGGACGAGCGACGAGCGGAAAACUGAAAGGACAUUAUCUUUUGCUACGCCCUUAAAUACAAGAAGCGUAUUUGUGUAUAGUGCUUAUACAGAUCUUACAAGUAUUUAUAGAUGUAAUAAUUGUGCCAUGAUAUCAGUGCCUUGCGGACAUAUCGGACGACAAUAAAUAAAGAGAUAAGUUAUCACAAUGGUGAUAUUCGUCCACGUGUUGGUCGCGUAGAUCACACAAAUAUUAAACUGAUGAAUAUCAAACAUGAUAUUUUGUUUUGUAACUAGUCAACUGUGGAAAUUGUAUGUUUUUUUUGUAUUAUAGUAGCUGAUAGAUUUUUAGAGUUUUCACGCGAUUAGCAUUAGCGGAUGGCGAACCGUAGAUUUUGUAUGUGGCGAGCAAGUUCUGUAACAGUGUUUUGUAAAAAAAAAA